UCUCUGCCUAUAUAUAUCCCCUCUUCCCAUUGAAGGAGCUUUCUUUUUUUCUCCCUCUCGCUUUGGCAACACAGUAAAGAUCUUUGUUAGAAAGCAAGUUUUGGAGAUUUUUGGAGUUGUUAUUCGACUUUUCUGCCUAUCAAUACUUGGGCAUACGCGGGAGCAGAUCACUAUUUCGACUAAAGGUAUGAUGGAAGUAAACGGUAAAGCUUCCCACAAGAAUGAAAAGAAGCCUUUGGAGAACUCUGCUCCUGCCAGUGUACCUAAAAGGCUGCCAGAGAAUAAUUCGAGCACUUCUAUAUUUGUCAAUCAUGCUGCAAUUGCAUGGGAUGAGAGCAGAAGAAAAUGGGUCGGAAAUGCUCCUCAGAGGUCCGAGGACAGAUCCAUGAAGGAUCCAAUUAUAAGCUGGACCACAACCUACGAAGAUCUGCUCUUGACUCAAGAGCCAUUCUCCGAGCCAAUCCCUUUACCUGAGAUGGUCGACUUUUUGGUUGAUAUCUGGCAUGACGAGGGGCUCUUUGAUUAGAACAACUCCUUACUGAAAAUAGUUCAGGCAUCUAUAAGACUAUAACCUUCCCUCUCUCCAUUAUCUCAGAUUCGAAUUUCAAAGCAAUAAUCGACUCCCAAGCCUCCUCGGAAUGGUGAUGUCCCGGCAACUGUAAACCUUGUUCCUUUGUUGUACCAUACAUUAGGUUAUUCUCGAUCCUACAUGUAUUCUAGUUCUGUACUCGUUUUAGCUCGUGUUCUUCGAUUCUACAAGUGAUAGCAUAUUGGAGACGGACACGUCUAGUUAUAUAGGUAGUGCCUGGCUCGCCCCAUGAGGAACUCGACCGUGUGUAUCUUAUCCAGCCUCAUUGGUCUAGUUUAUAUCGUAGAGUUUGCAAAGUCGAGUUCUUGAUAGCUGCGCUGAAAGGCUCAAUGUAUAAAGAACUCGACUGGCUAAAUCGGAACGUGACUGGGACCGUUUCCGGUUCCGGUCUAUGUAGUAGGGUUGUUGUAAAUCAAAAUCGAACCUUCUUCUAUUGGGAAAUAUUUGGAUAUUCAACAUUUA